AUGUUUUUAUCUGUACCAACUCCGUCUCAUCCUCCACCUCCACGGUCAAUUGAUGGUAAAUUUUUUAAGAUUUUAAAUGAAAAAUCAUCAGAAAAUAAAAUUGUUGUGCAAUGCGUUAAAUGUGAGCCGAAAAUUGUAGAGUUGAAGGGUUAUGGAAAUUCAUCUUCUAACUUUGUCACUCAUUUAAAACGGCGAGAUGGCCAAGAUGCUAUUGAAGAAUACAAAACUUAUUUAAAAUCAACUGAAAGGCCAAAUAAAAAAAUUAAAACUGUUGCUAAACAAUUGAAAACUAAAACAACCCAGGAAAACUUAGAAGCUGAUAUGAUAAAUUUUUUUUUACAUUCAAUGAUUCCUUUGAGGUGUGUAGAAGACCCAUAUUUUCUAAAAAUGUUUGACAAUUUAAACAUAUCUGAUUGUGGACUUCAUGUUUUAAGUCGGCGGUCUUUUUGUCGAAAAAUUGAUAUUUUGUAUGAAAAAAAUAUACUAGAAAUUAAAGAUAAAUUUAACGAUGUAAAAUUUGUUUGCACUACAGUAGAUAUUUGGUCUGGAAAAAAAAAGAAGUUUUCUCGGGGUAACGGCUCAUUGGAUUUCAAAAAAUAA